UAUUCUGUGUUUGUUGCAACAAUGUUUGGGAGAUUGACUCUUCCACAACUGCUUUUUGCUGGAGUCCUUGGAUUUGCUGGAGGAAUAUAUAUUUAUCAACCAAUAUUUGAACAAUAUUCCAGAGAACAGAAGGAAUUAAAAGAAAAGGCGAAAUUGGCACAAGUAUCAGAGGAGAAGAAAAGUUAAUACUACCUGGAGUUGAAUUAUAACAAUUGAUUAAAGUUUUGCUGAAAUUAUACACUGACUGUAAAUAACCUAGGAAAAACUUAGGUAUUUUUUAAACAAAUAAAUAAUGGGUAAUAAUAUUUUUAAAACUAGCACUAUGAAUUUAAUGUUUUAUUUGCCAUUUUAAAUCUUUAUCAGGAUAAAUUAGUAACUUCCUUUUAAACAAAAAUGAAUGUCUUCAGGGCAAUAUAUAAAUUGAUCUAAUCAAUGCCUCUAAUAGUUUAGUGUGAACUCUUGAGGUUUUUUCUUUCAUGAACUUAAAAAUAGCUUUGAUUAAAAUGUCUUAUAUCUGUUAUGUGUCAGGGUUGGCUUUGCCUGGCUACAGGCAGACUGGGAUUCUGUUYUGUAUCUUCUCGUUGUGGGACCCAUGCUUAUGGAAUAGCCCCUGUCUGAGCUAUGCUAGUAAAGGAGAGAAAGACUGAGAGGAAGCAUACAAUGGUAGGCUUUUGCCAGUUGUGGCAAAUGUCAUAUCUUUUCAUAAUUUUGUUGAUUUGGAGCAUGUCACAUGGUCAGUCCCAAAGUCAAAAGGCAAGGACAUGGAUUAUUCCUACAGGAUGCAUUGUCAAGUCACAUGACAAUAAAUAGAAAUAUGUAAGCCUGUUGUAUCCAAGGAAUAAUAAUCCUAACACAUUAGGUUAAAUUGAACUGCUUUUGGUCCUUCUUUUUUAAUGGUGUUGGGGAUUGAACCCAGGUCCUUGUGCAUGCAAGGCAAGCACUCUACCAACUGAGCUGUAUCCCCAGCCUUUGAUGCUUCUUUUGAGACAUAUUCCUUGGUCAGUUUAGAAGUCACAUACCAAGUGCUAGAGGCUGAGGUUUUGGGUUUUUCUUUUUUUGGUAAAGAUGGGUCUAUUCAAAUCAAAACCACAGUGAGGACUACAGUAUUCCUCAGCAGUAGAUUGCUUAGCUUGCACAAAACCCUGGGUUCUGUCCCCAGAACCGAAAAAAGAAAAGAAAAACACAAAACAAACUAUAAUGAGAUACUCCUUUAUAUUCACUAGAAUGAUUAUAAUAAAAAAGACAAUGAUGUGGAGCAAGUGGAAUCACCAUGUAUUGCAGUGGAAAUAUAAAAUGGUACAGCUACUUUGCAAAAGUUUGGCAGUGUUUCAAGUGGUUAAACUUAAUUACCACAUGGUCCAGCAAUUCUCCUCCUAGAUAUAUACCAGAUAGAAUUGAAAACAAGUUUAUACUAAAGCUGUACAUGAAUGUUUAUAGCAGCAACAU